AUGACCGAAGUGAAAGAAAACCUCAAUGCGCGCUUCGACCCUGCAGGCAAUGGACUUGCUCCAGACAUCCUGGACGUCCUGCAGUCAGUACUCCGUGUCCACUCCCUAACCGCAGACGAGCUGUUUAUAAAAUGGGAGGUCUACUGUUUGAAGAUGGGUAGUGAGGAGACGAAGUUGGAUCUCGAGACGGCCCGCCUCUUCGCGAAGGACGUGCAAGACUCAGUCGAGAGAGGUGAACGGACGCAACAAUCAGGACCCAAAUCUGCAGUCAAGCAAGACAGGAAAAGCAACGUGCACGCUACUCCUCGGACUAAUGGAAAAGCGGACGUCUUUGGCAUGCUCGAUGAACUCACGCCCAAUGCACACCCUCGACGAAAUGGCAGCAUCAAGCGGAAAUCGGAGUUCGACACGCCAAUGCCCAGGAAGGUCAGUCGGCCUGACACGAAGAAACCUCCGGGCAAAGCUUCAAAAACAGAUGGGCCCUCAGGAAUACCCUUCUCGGAGCGACAGAAUGCAGGCCAGACCAUUGAAACACUCAAUGAGCACCUCUCGGCGGCGGAAGCACCCAUUGCGCCUUUCUCCCAAGCACGCCUGAAACUGGUCUCGGGCACAGACUACAAGAAAUUUGAGUAUAGGCCGAUGGCGAUGCAUCUUUCGGAGGCAUCAGAAAUGCUUGAUGAGCGCAUUGACAGUUUCCUGGCUAUCGUUCAGAAGGCUUACAACUUGGAAGACUCGUCUUUCGGCAAUGCUGCCGCGCAAAGUACCAGCGAGAUUGUUGCAGUCGGCAGGAUCGCAUGCGAUACUGCGGAUGGCAAACUGAAUGCAGCAUCGCUAGUGCUGGAGAUGUCGAGACGCAUGGGUGCAGGACUCCGCGUGCCGCUAAAAAUCGACGCGCUACCAUCCUACCAAUUCUUCCCGGGCCAAAUCGUUGCGAUGCGAGGCACGAAUGCUUCUGGACUCUACUUCUCCGUCAAGGAAGUGCUCUCAAUACCAAAGCUCCCCAUGCCCUCUUCUUUGCCAAACAAUAUCGAGGCGAUCAAUGAGAGACUGGAGGUUUCGGAGGAUUCGACAUCGUUGCCUCUCAACAUCAUUGUUGCCUCUGGUCCGUUCACUGCGGAAGACAACCUCGACUUCGAGCCUUUCCAGGCGCUGUGUGACAAGGCCGAGGAAUCGAUGGCCGAUGCUUUGAUACUGAAUGGCCCAUUCCUGGACAUCGAGCACCCAAUGCUAGCUUCAGGAGAUUUCGAAGUGCCUGAUGUGCAUGGCCUGAAUCACGAAGCCUCGUUGGCGGCAUUGUUCCGGCUAUGGAUAUCCGCACCACUCCAACGCCUUUGCUCAGCUGUACCGAGCAUCACAAUCAUCAUGAUCCCCAGCGUCCGGGACGCUUUGAACAAACACGUCAGCUGGCCACAAGCACGACUUGCAAAGAAAGACCUUGCUCUCCCCAAACAAGUCACCAUGCUUCCCAAUCCGUCGUUCAUCUCGCUGAACGAGGUUGUCUUCGCCGUCUCCUCCCAAGACAUUCUAUACGAGCUCAGUCGCGAGCAACUGUCGCAUGGUCCGACGGCUGACCUGUUGACGAGGUUGCCGGGCUACCUGAUUGACCAGCGACAUUUUUUCCCUCUUUACCCGCCGAUGUCGAGAGACAAGUUGGCCAGCAACGGCAUUGUGAAAGCCACGGGUGCGUGCCUCGAUCUCGGCUUUUACAAGCUUGGCGAAUGGAUGCAAGUCAAGCCUGACGUGCUGAUCUUGCCGAGCAUGCUGACCCCGUCUAUCAAGGUCGUCGACAGCGUGAUGGUGAUCAACCCGGGCCAGCUGUCCAAACGCAAGGCCGCCGGCACAUAUUCCCAAAUCUCACUGCAUCCUCGCAUCUUGUCUGAGGAGGAGAAGUCAGCCCGGACCGUCAUCCAUAACGUGUUCGAGCGCGCUCGAGUCGACGUCGUAAGGAUAUAG